UGCGCGCCCCACUGGACUCGGCUGUCACUCAGUUGACUAGCAGACAGCCAUGGCUGCCCUCAGCAAGCUAACGCGCAACUGCUAUGAAGUCGGCCACACAUGGAGCCCGUCGUGUAUGCAGUCCGCGGCGGACAUAACCAGGGGGGCGCUGGAGGUCUCCUUCAAAAUUUACGCCCCUCUUUACGUGAUAGCAGCCAUUCUCAGGAGAAGGAAUAAGGAUUACUACCUAAAAAGGCUUCUACCUGAGAUAUUACAGUCUACCUCUUUCCUCACUGCCAAUGCAGCCCUCUACAUAUUCUUCUUCUGCAUUCUCAGGAAACUACUGGGAGGGUUUUAUUCAUGGUCCAUUGGGUUUGGCUCAGCACUGCCCGCCUCCUAUAUCGCAAUCCUCCUGGAGCGUAAGAGCAGGAGAGGACUCCUCACAAUAUACAUGACAAACAUUGCCACUGAGACUUUGUUCCGCAUGGCAGUGACACGAGGAAUAAUCCAACCUAUCAAACAUGGCGAGGUGCUUCUGUUCUGCAUUACAGCCUCCCUCUACAUGUUCCUCUUCAGGAGUAAAGAUGGUCUUAAAGGCUUUGCAUUCUCUGCAUUGAAGUUCAUCAUUGGCAAGGAAGAGAUUCCAUCUCACUCUGUUACGGCUGAGCCUGAUAGCAAAAGGCUUCGAGAGGAGCAAGCCGCUGUACAGUCUGAUGCUUCACAUGUUUCAGCGAUGAUGCAGCGUGAUUCCGGGAGGAGCAAAUCUAUGUUGUCCUACACCAAGCAACUGCUGGAGUCAAUAUGUAAACGAGGUCCAAGACACAGAUGUUGCAAACAUCACCAGGACAACUGCAUUUCCUACUGCAUUAAAGGUUUCGUGAGAAUGUUCAGCGUUGGCUACUUGAUUCAGUGUUGCCUUAGAGUGCCAUCAGCGUUCCGGCAAGUCUUCUCCAAACCGUCGCGACUUCCCUCCCUCUUCUACAACAAAGACAACUUCCAGCUUGGGGCCUUUUUGGGCUCUUUUGUCAGCAUCUACAAGGGAGUAAGCUGCUUGCUUCGUUGGUUGCGGGAUAUUGACAGUGAACUGCAUGCUCUGGUUGCUGGCUUCCUCGCUGGCUUAUCAAUGUUUUUCUACAAGAGCACGUCGAUAUCCAUGUAUCUCUUCUCUAAGCUGGUGGAGACCUUGUACUUCAAGGGCAUCGAGGCAGGCCACUUCCCGUACUAUCCACAUGCGGACACAGUCCUCUACGCCAUCUCCACCGCCAUCUGUUUUCAAGCUGCUGUGAUGGAGGUUCAGAACCUUCGGCCUACAUACUGGAAGUUCCUUUUGCGUCUCACUCAGGGCAGGUUUGCUGUGAUGAACCGACAGUUGCUGGAUGUUUUUGGCACUCAGGCCUCCAGGGACUUUCACGGUUUUGUGCCCAAACUAGACCCGCGCUACGUCACAGCACCCAGCCAAAUGACACUUCCACCAAGCGGUGACGUCCCACUUCUAUGAUGUGGGAUGAAAUGAUGCUCUUCAGCUAAGCGAUAUUUUAUUUGGAGGUUAUCUUAAGCAGCUGUCCGGGUUGUGGCAAAAUAGAUGUAAUGCCUAUGACGGCCUUCUGCUACUCUGUGAGCAACAGAGCAUCUGCAGUGAACUUCACGCAUUUGUCAGUUUUAGCCUUUUGUUUGUUUUCGCAAUGUUCUAAUUAUAUCACCAAAUGACUUUAUCUAGGUUGUAGCAUUCCAUCACAUUUUUUUUCUCAGGUUCCCAACAGAAGUAUGUUUGGUUGUUUUGGAUGCCUGUUUUGACUGUGAGACUAAUAUUUGUGGUAAAGUUACAAUACUAUGUUUUAGAUAAUCUACUAUGCAGACAGCAUGUGUUUAACUGCGUGUGACACAAAUGUGCAGGUUUUCUGUUUUAACCAGCUAAUUAGUUUCAUUGUUAAGUUUAAAUUGCAUUUGAUAACAUGGAAAUGAUUUAACUGCAGAGUCACAGAACUUGUAUUUGUAAAUUGUCUUAACAGCUGAACAGUGAGCAACAUCCAUCCAUUUUCUACCGCUUGUCCCCACAAUAUACAUUAAACAGUAAUAAGAGUGAUUCUGAUUCACAAGACUAAAACAAAAUGUUUUUGUUUAUAUUUUUUCUGUUAACAUUAAGAUCAAGCACAAAGUGCAAUAUGUUGUCUCAAAUGUUUAGCAUAUUUUCCUGUUUUGUUUUUUUCUCAGUUAACAGCUUUUGCCAAAACAAAAAUCAUCUAUUUUGCGUGAGUUUCCUAACACAACAGUUGUAUUUGCUCUUCAGUGGACCAUAAUUAUUUGUGUAUCAAUAGGCAGUAAAAGGUUCAGAUUUGAUUUCAGAGCAUUUUGCAUUCAGUACUCAAAUACACACAUGACCUCUGUUAGAGAAUUCACUUUACACAGAUGUUAUAAAACAUAUAUGUAUACAGUACAGAAAGUUAAUACAAUUUAUGUUGCAUAUUACACCGAUGCGAUUGCCUGAAAACGUUUUUAUGUUGAAAUAAAAUGUUUUUGGAUUUAACGGCGGAGCCUGGUGGAAUUUUCCUUGGACGUCCAUCCAUAUAUACAUCAUCUCAAGUUACUUAUUUUUUUUUCAGGUUUACUCUGUAAUCAUUUGUUGACUUGGCAAUGAAGGACAUAAAUGGUAUGUUGUAGGGCUGUGAAUCUUUGGGUGUCCCACGAUUCGAUUCAAUAUCGAUUCUUGGGGUCACGAUUCUAUUCAAAAUCGAUUUUUUUUUUUCAAUUCAACACGAUUCUCGAUUCAAAAACGAUUUUUUUCCCGAUUCAAAACGAUUCUCUAUUCAUUCAAUACAUAGGAUUUCAGCAGGAUCUACCCCAGUCUGCUGACAUGCAAGCAGAGUAGUAGAUUUUUGUAAAAAGCUUUUAUAAUUGUAAAUGACAAUGUUUUAUCAACUGAUUGCAAUAAUGUAAAUUUAUUUUAACUAUUAAAUGAACCAAAAAUAUGACUUAUUUUAUCUUUGUAAAAAUAUUGGACACAGUGUGUUGUCAAGCUUAUGAGAUGCGAUGCAAGUGUAAGCCACUGUGACACUAUUGUUAAUUUUUUUAAUUUUUUAUAAAUGUCUAACGAUAAUGUCAAUGAGGGAUUUUUAAUCACUGCUAUGUUGAAAUUGUAACUAAUAUUGAUACUGCCUUGCAUGGCAGCUCCCGCCAUCAGUGUGUGAAUGUGUGUGUGAAUGGGUGAAUGUGGAAAUACUGUCAAAGCGCUUUGAGUACCUUGA